AUGAAGUUCUUCGCUGUUGCUGCCACCUUCGCCGCCACCGCUGUGGCCCUUCCCAACGCCAACGGUGGCCACAAGGACCCCCACCAGUUGACCCUCGAGCAGGCCCAGAACACCUGCGGUAAGGCUCAGGUCUCUUGCUGCAACAAGCAGAUCAAGUCUGGCGACAGCUUCGAGAAGAACGAGGGUGUCCUCAACGGUGUCCUCAAGGGUAUUCUCGGUGACCGUGGCAGCGAGGGUCUUGCUCUCUUCGACCAGUGCUCCGAGCUCGACAUUUCUAUCCUCGGUCUUACCGACCUCCUUGGUAACGACAAGUGCAACCAGAACAUUGCUUGCUGCGAUGCUACCAACGCUGAGGCUGAGGGUGGUCUCGUCAACGUUGCCCUGCCUUGCGUCCAGCUCCAGGACCUCAUCUAG